UCUUUUCCUGACAAUUGUUCUCUACUGACAGGCCAUUGUGGGUGACAAGACCAUUGCUUUUCUCCUAAUGGAUAAAGAAAUGUAUUCUAGCAUGUCUUGUUUGAUGGAAGCUUCUCCUGUUAUUGAGCGAGGGAUUGCCCUUCACAAGAUGAUUCAUUUUAUAACGAUGGCAUUAGGAGGCGAUGGUUAUCUAGACUUUAUGGGAAAUGAGUUUGGUCAUCCUGAUUGGAUUGACUUCCCAAGAGAAGGCAAUGGCUGGAGUUACGAUAAAUGCAGACGACAGUGGGACUUGGUGGAUGCAGAUCAUUUGAGAUUCAAGUUCAUGAAUGGAUUUCAUAGAGCUAUGAAUUUGCUUGAUGAUAAAUUUCCAUUUCUUGCAUCGACAAAACAGAUUGUGAGCAGCACUGGUGAAGAAGACAAGGUUAUUGUGUUUGAGCGUGGAGAUUUAGUUUUUGUGUUCAAUUUUCAUCCAGAGAAUACAUAUGAUGGGUAUAAAGUUGGGUGCGAUUUGCCAGGAAAGUACAGAGUAGCCUUGGACAGUGAUGCUUUGGAAUUCGGUGGACUGGGAAGAGUGGGUCAUGAUGUAGACCAUUUCACAUCUCCAGAAGGGAUACCAGGGGUUCCAGAAACAAAUUUCAACAAUCGUCCGAACUCCUUCAAAGUGUUGUCACCGCCGCGCACUUGUGUGGUUUAUUAUAGGGUUGAGGAAAAUCAACAAGGUAGUGAUGCUGAGGAGCUGGCUGUGGUAGCAGAUGUAGCUUUGCAGGAUGGUGCUGAAGCAGCAGAUCUGGUGGCCAUGCAAGGGCAUCUUGAAGGAUCGACCUUAGUUGAUAAUAUUGGCUCAGAUAAAACUGGGGAUGUUGAAGUUGAGAUGGGGGAUGUGUAGAUGACUUGAGUUUUCCAUCUUUCUAAACUGCAUUCUGAUCCUCAAAUCCGUACAUAUUGUUAUCUCCUUGUAUAUAAAUAAGAGGACAGUAUUGAGGCUCUCUUCCUUACCCAGCUCAUUUAGUUUCUUAUUCCAGUUUGUAGGGAAAUUUGUGACCUAUCCCUGGUUGUACAUAAGCUUAUCAAUAAUGAUAAAACUACGACGACGACUUCUAUA